GUAAUGGGUUGUUAUCUCUGAUUGCAGCAGGUGUGCAGCUGAUUUUUGCACUACCACUGAAAGAAAGCCUGCAGGUGUUUCUCUAAUGUAACCGUAUCUUUCCUCCCAGUUUGUUUUCUUUUUCUCGCAUGUCAAUCGUGUUUUUCGUAUGUAACCUAUGAUUUCCUUGCACUUAAAUAAGAAACAAUGUACCCAACAUUUAACCUCUCCACUUCUGACCACUCCAACCUGUCAGAUGCAGACAGUCUGAGACUGCAGGAGCUAACCCACCGAUCUGUCAAAGUAAGCAUCAUCAUUGCUCUGGGAGUGAUGAUCACUUUGGGAAAUAUUGCAGUUCUCAUGGUCAUCACUUCCUCCGUGGAUGGCUGGUCAAGAAACUCCCGGUACUUCCUCUUGUCUCUCACGGCAGCAGACUCUGCGUUCGGGUUGCUGGUCAUGCCCUUAAACCUCUGGGUGAGUCUGUUGAAGGAUUAUAGCGAGGGCCCAGAUGCUUUCUGUCAUGUGGUUGCUUUUUGCAACGCCACCGUCUACUCCACCUGCAUGUACACGCUGGCCACCAUCAGCCUUGAGAGGUACAUCGCGGUGUUUUACCCGCUGCAGUACUCCAGUCUUAUGACCAGGAAAAGGACUUUGCUCAUGAUCUGCUUCGCAUGGUGCUUUCCUCCCUUCUUGCUCUCGCCGAUCACAUUCCCAGAUGGCAUCAUCGAGGUUCACUUUUCCACGGCGUCGCUGGUCUGCAACCCGUCCUACUCAACAAACGUUGCCUACACCUUAAGCUUGACCUGCCUAAUAUUUUUCCCCUGCUCCAUUGUAAUGACUUAUGCAAACUUGAGGGUGUGGUGCGCGGCCAAGAGACAGAGGCUGAAACUGCGCAAAUAUGGCUGUGCGCUGCGCAGCAGACACAAUGUUGCCGCAAGAGUGCUUGUACCUGUGAUGACAGCCUACUACACAUGUUGGACACCCUGCAUGGCAGUAAUGAUCUACAAUGCAGUCUCUGGGAGCAGCGUACCAGAGUGGGUCGAGUUUGUUGUGGUGUGGCUUCCAACCUCCAACGGUUUCCUCAAUUGCAUCUUCUACUUCUGGAUAAACAAAAACUUUCGCAGGAAGUUCCACCUUAUUCUGCAGAGGCUGGCUCUGGCCCUCUGUCCUGAACUGGCAAACACCUUUGGGUGGAGCACCACUUCAUCAGCACAGUUCGUCUCAGGAAUUUUAGACAAUAACAACUCGGUCCAUGAGCGUUCCUCCAGUGUGUCCUCUACCUGCACCUUGCUGAGCAUGGCUUAGGACCUCUAAACCCAGAGAAAGUGCAAAGGACAUGGUCAGUGACCUGCAUACUUUUAAAAUCAUUGCCCAGUUAUUGGUGUUUUAACAAACUAAAGCAGACUAGAAUUGGUAAAUGUGGUUGCAGGGCAAGUGGUUUGAAAUUCUGAAAGAUUCUGAUGGUGAGAUUUCUUGGUAAAAAAUAAUGUACAGUCAGCAUCACUAUGAAUUAUAUUGUUUUUUUUAAAUAUUAUUUCCAACUGAAAACAGUGUUCAGCUGAUAGGAGCACAAGCUCUGUUUAUAACUGAUUUGGAUUGGGUUAUUUUACUCAAAGAUGCACCAUUUCCAGGAUUUAAUUUUUCAAUCCAAGAUGGCCUCUUAAACCACCUUUUUAGUUCUUUUAAAGCUAGCCAUCAGCUUUGUCUCUGCAACAGAUAUGCCUGUUAUUAUUGUGUAUACAACUUUUUAAAUGCGUCAACCUGUAACUUAUCUCAACACAUUUCAAGUCAUUUGAGAUUUGUCAUUUAGCUCUUCAGAAGAAAGUGAUAUUUAGGCUCCUUCUCAUGUGAGAUUUUUGUGAACGCUGCAAGCUGAUUUCAAACACUUUGAACCUUCAUUUUAAACUAUUUGCCAUAUACCAGCUAAGAGAAGUUAACCUUUAAGUCACAGCAUUUCAAUGCAUGCAAGGAGAAAGUAAUUAAGUACCUGGACCGCAGAAAGGUCGCCACAUUCGUGCUGGAAAGAGACAUGUGUUUGAAGGAUCUUGGGCUCAGAUUCUAUAAAUAAUCACCUAGAUGGAGGAAUUACACCUUAGUGUGUUUGUAUUCAAUGUGGCAAUAAACAUUUUUGUCUUUGGAUACAGUUUUGUCACGGUGAAUGUUUAUUUUUGAGUUGAAGAAACAUUUUAUACAGUUAAUUUUAAAUUGCUGCUAGGUAUAACCAUCAGUGACAAUCAGGAAAAAAAUUAUGAAACAAAUGACUGGUUUAUUGACUUUUGUAUGUUUCUAGGUUUGUUUGUACACUUGUAAUAUAAAGACAAAGACUGAUUUAAGGAUGAUUUGGGAAAUAAAGUAAAAUGCCUUUGAA